AUGGCUGCUAGUAAAACCGAGCAACAGGUUACCUUGAAGCUUAUGGUAAUCAAAAAAAGAAACAAAGUUCUUUUUGCAGAGGCAGGGAAGGACUUUGUGGAUGUUCUGUUUAGUUUCUUAACUCUGCCUUUAGGUACUAUUGCAAGACUUGUGCGUAAGGAGUCAAAUAUGGUGUCAAGUAAGGUUGGUUCACUGAGUUCACUCUAUGAAAGUGUCGAGAAUCUUGACGAAGAGUGUUUGUGCGACAAAGAAAUGCUAUUGCGACCCAGAAACUCAAUGGAUGUUUAUUGCAAGAAUGUGGAGCUAAACAUCGAUGACACAAACUCCAGUGAGUACUUUGUAUGUAACAACUUGGUCAAGUGUCGAUACAAUAGCCCGGUCUUCUUAAGCACCAAUCAAAAUAAUAGAUGUACAUGUGGGGCCAUGUUGGCUAAACCGAUUUUUCCUAAAAGAUCUGAAGGCUUUGAUGGUUUUGUUAAGAAAUGUAAUGGCAGUUUUUUAAUCACGGACGAGCUGAAAGUUUUGCCAAAUUCGUUGGUUACUUUUUUGCAUCUGCUCAAAAGUUAUGGAAUAAAAGACAUGUCUUCGCUUGAUGAAGUGAUUCUGACUAUAACUAAGAACCAGGUAUUGGAUCUGCUUAAGGGUUGUUUGUACUCAAAGACAACUUUGACCGAUGUUUUCUUAGAACAAUUGUAUUUUGAGAAACUAUUUACAAGGAAUGAAUUUGUUCCAUGUGAUUUUGAUGCAAAUGUUAGUAGUUGCAAAAUAAAAGUGAAAAUAAUGCAAAGAAAAUCGAAUGGGAAGAUACUGUUUGCUCAAGGAAAUAAAGAUUUUGUAGACUUUCUUUUUAGCUUCCUUACUAUUCCUUUAGGAGGUGUGGUACAUUUGAUGGAAGGUUGUUCUUUCAUUGGCAGCGUUGAUGGAUUGUACAAGAGUGUGAUUAAUUUGGAUGAAGAUUAUUGGACUUCAAAAGAAGUAAAGAUUAAGUUUGCUAAUCCUGUGCUUGCUCAUGUGUUCAAAUUAAGCAACAUGUUGUUGCCAAUUUGUUCCGAUGUCCCUAAGUAUUAUUGUUGCACUAUUCGACACAACUUAUUUGGAUAUCUUACGGAUAGCUAUCUAACUUCUACACAUAAGAAAAUUGAUAGUACAAUGGGAAACUGUACCGCUUUGGUGUUUGUUGAUAGCAUAUGUGAUACAGGUAAUAGUGAUGGUUAUGCUAAAGGACCCACAAUGUACAUUGCAACAGAUGAUUUGGUUGUGAUGCCAAUGUCCUCCAUUUCUGUCAUAUCUUUACUAAAUAGUAUGAGCAUUCCUGUUAAUGACUUGAUAGAGAAGGAGGUUAGCAUUGGCGUCAAGGAGGGUGUUCGCAUACUACAAGCGUCUUUGAUGUCUACAUCAGCCCUAACAAUUGGUCUCAGCCACUUAACCAAAGUUGAGAAGAACUGA